AUGGUGGCACCAGCUGCAGUCCCAGCAGUUGAGAGGAUUGGCAGGAUAAUCAUGAGUAGGAGGAUAAGUGGGCCUCUGCUGGAUUCUUCCCAGAAGAACCUUUACAGAGAGGUUGUCGGGGAAAUCUUCGUGACCUUGGCUUCUGUGGGAGAAAGAUGGAACCAGAAUAUUGAAGACUGGUACAGAAAUCAGGGGAGACUCUUAAGCAGCCAUAUUAGAGAGAGACUUGGUGACAGCAGACCAAAUAGCCAUUAUGGAGAAACCUUCAGUCAAAUUCUUAACCAUGAUCUGAAGAAGAAAAGUUCUACUGAAGUAAAACUCCGUGAGUGUGGUGUGUGUGGGACAGUCUUCACGCCUCACUCGUCCAGGAAGCCCAGCAGAGCUCACCCUAGACAGGAAGCAUGUGAUUCCAAAUGUCAGCAGUGUGAGCCAGCCUUCAGCAGUUACUCUUCCCACAUCAGUGCCAGGUCUCACACUGAAGACAAACCGUAUGAGUGUCGGGAACAUGAGGAAGCCUUCCUUUCUUUUACCAGCCUUGGGGAAGUCGUUGUAACUCAUACUGAAAGUGGACCGCAUAAGUGUAAUGUGUGUGGAAAAGGUUUGCACUAUCCCAGCUCACUGAGAAUCCAUGAAAGCAUCCACACAGGAGAGAAGCCUUAUCAGUGUGAACAGUGUGGAAAAGCCUUCAGUUGUUGGGGCUCAGCUCGACGCCAUCAAAGGACUCAUACUGGUGAGAAACCCUACACGCAUCGCGAGUGUGAGAAAGCCUUCUCUUUCAGGCUUUAAAGGCCACAUAAUGAGGCACACUGGAGGUGGGCCAUACAGUGUAAGGAGUGUGGGAAAGUCUUCAAUUUGCCCAGUGCACUUAGUAAGCAUGAAAGAACUCACACGGGAGAGAGACCUUUUUUGUGUAAAUAAUGUGGGAAAGCCUUCAUUUGUUCAACUUCAGUUCGCAAACAUGAAAGAACGCACACUGGGGAAAAACCCUAUGAAUGUAAGCGCUGGGGGAAGGCCUUCAUUUCUAAUUCAGGCCUCCAAGGAUGUAUGAUCAGGCACACUGGCGUUGGGCCUUAUAAAUGUAAGUUCUGCCGGAAAGCCUUUGGCUCGCCCAGUGCGGUGCUAAAGGCAUGAAAGUGCUCACGUUGUAUAGGAUUCUUGUGACUAGCGCUUGGGAAGCCUUCACUUUGGGUCACUUGAGGACACAUAAGGUAUCUGAGAAAAUCUUUUAUUAUCCUAGUUCAGGUACAGAAAAGAAUUACUGGAGGGAAUAUGGGAAAACCGUUAA